GACUACAGUGGGAAGAGCAUCCCUGCGGUGGCUCGGCCUUCUCUGCUCUGAGAAGAGGAAGCCGGAGGCUUCGGGAGCGGGAAGUGGUCCAGAAGCUGCUCAGGUGUGGAUGUAGGUGGUUGAGCAACAGACAGUCCUUCCUUCUUGAUUCUACACAAAGAUACAGCUCUCUGCAGUGCAUCUGAGAAGCAGCAGACAACCCAAAUUCUUGAGUCCCUGCCACCAUGAGGGAGACCUGGAUGGAGUUCCAGAUCCGAGCUUUGAUCUGACCCAGUCCCAGCCAUUGUGACCAUUUGACUUUCAGGUGAUUGACGAGGACAGAGUCCCUAAGCUGCGAAGAGACUGAAUUUUGGAAACUACGUCCAGAACUCCACAGUGUGUAUUUAGGUGCUCUUCCCUCAGGCCUGCAGGUGGACAGCAAGAGCAACAGUGAUGAUAGCAUUUGAAGACCUGGCUGUGUUCUUUACUUGGGAGGAAUGGCAGAACAUGAACCAAGCUCAGAAAAUCCUGUACAGGGAUGUGAUGCUGGAGACCUACAGCAGCCUGUUCUCCCUGGGGUACUGCAUGACCAAACCUGACUUGAUCUUCAUGUUGGAGCAAGGAGCAGAGCCCUGGAUGGGGGAAGAAUGCCUACAUCAGAGCCUUCCAGUUGCCAUGAAACUGGAUGAACUGAUUAAGACCAACCAGAAAAGUCUGGAGGAAAAUCUGAAUCAGGAUGUUAUGAAAAAUAAUAAGACAUUAACUUCCAAGGGAGUUGAAUUCAGAAAAACACUUAAUUUAAGUAUAAGCCAUAUUCCAAAACUGAGUAUCAAAAAGAGAAACUAUUCAGGAAUAAAACCUGAAGAAUGCAGUGUAUGUCACAAUGUGUAUCCCCAUUGUGGGCCUGAUCAACUACAAGCUGGAGAGAAAUUUGAUGCUACUACGGUACCUGGGAACACUCUCCAGUUCUGUGAGCCUCUUAAUCAACAGCACAAAAUUCAGACCAUGGAGCAGGCACUUGAACAAAUUGGACAAGGGAAAGUCUUCAAAAGGAAGAAUAUAUUCUAUGAAUCUGAGAAGCUUUUUAUGGUAGAAACCUGUAAUAAGCCAACUGCCACUAUUGGCAAGACAACUGAAAUACUACAAGAUUUCCAUAAAAAGUCUAACCUCAGUAUACAUCAACAAAGUCCCAAAAGAGAGAACGUUUAUAAGUAUAUUGGGCCUGUGGAACCUGUCAUUUACCAAUCACAUGUUAGAAUGAAUCAUAGACCAAAUAUAGAGAAGGAAUCCUAUGCAUGUAAAACUUGUGGGAAGUCAUUCAGUAAUAAAUUCUGCCAUCCCCUCCAUCACAGCACUCAUAUAGUGGAAAACCCUCAUGUGUGUAAUGAUUGUGGAGAAACCACUCACCAGAUGUCACCAGGUGUCAUUAGACAUCAGAGAAUUCACACAGGGUUGAAAUCUUAUAAAUGUAAUGACUGUGGGAAGUUCUUUGACCAGAAGAAACACCUCAUAAAUCAUCAGAGAAUUCACACAGGGAAGAAACCUUAUGAAUGCAAUGACUGUGGAAAAACCUUUGGCCAGAAGUCAAACCUCAUAAAUCAUCAGAGAAGUCACACAGGGGAUAAGCCUUAUGAAUGCAAUGACUGUGGAAAAGCCUUUGGCCAGAAGUCACACCUCAUAAAUCAUCAGAGAAUUCAUACAGGUGAUAAGCCUUAUGAAUGCAGUGACUGCGGAAAAGCCUUUGGCCAGAAGUCACACCUCAGAACGCAUCAGAGAAUUCACACAGGGGAGAAACCUUAUGAAUGCAGUGACUGUGGAAAAACCUUUGGCCAGAAGUCAAGCCUCAGAAAGCAUCAGAGAAUUCACACAGGGGAGAAGCCUUAUGAAUGUGGUGACUGCGGAAAAACCUUUGGCCAGAAGUCAUCCCUCAUAAAUCAUCAGAGAAUUCACACAGGGGAGAAACCUUAUGAAUGCAAUGACUGUGGAAAUGCCUUUAGCCAGAAAUCAACACUCACAAAUCAUCAGAGAAGUCACACAGGGGAGAAACCUUAUGAAUGCAGUGACUGUGGAAAAACCUUUGGCCUGAAUUCAAACCUCAGAAAGCAUCAGAGAAUUCACACAGGGGAUAAGCAUUGUGAAUGCAAUGGCUGUGGAAAAACCUUUGCCCAGAAGCCACACCUCAUAAAUCAUCAGAGAAUUCACACAGGGGAUAAGCCUUAUGAAUGUGGUGACUGCGGAAAAACCUUUGGCCAGAAGUCAUCCCUCAUAAAUCAUCAGAGAAUUCACACAGGGGAGAAACCUUAUGAAUGCAAUGACUGUGGAAAUGCCUUUAGCCAGAAAUCAACACUCACAAAUCAUCAGAGAAGUCACACAGGGGAGAAACCUUAUGAAUGCAGUGACUGUGGAAAAACCUUUGGCCAGAAGUCAAACCUCAGAAAGCAUCAGAGAAGUCACACACGGGAUAAGCGUUGUGAAUGCAAUGGCUGUGGAAAAACCUUUGCCCAGAAGCCACACCUCAUAAAUCAUCAGAGAAUUCACACAGGGGAUAAGCCUUAUGAAUGCAAUGACUGUGGAAAAACCUUUGGCCAGAAGUCACAACUCAAAAUGCAUCAGAGAAUUCACACCAUGGAGAAAGCUUAUAAAUGAAAUGACUGUGGAAAAGCCUUUGGUCCCAUCCUUGCAUACCGAGGAUAAAUCCCACUUGGUCUGGGUGGAUGAUCUUUCUGAUGCAUUGUUAGAUUAAAUUGGCCAGAAUUUUGUUGCAUAUCUUUGCAUGUAUGUUCAUCAGGGAAAUUGGUCUAUAAUUACUUUCUCUGUUGUAGUUUUUUCAGGUUUAGGAAUGAAGGUGAUGCUGGCUUCAUAGAAAGAAUUUGGGAGAAUCACCUCUCUCUCAAUUGUUUUGAAUAACUUGAGAAAAAUUGAAGUUAGUUCUUCUUUAAAUGUCUGUCAGAAUUCAACAGUGAAGCCAUCCAAUCCUGGGAUUUUCUUUGUGGCAAGGGUCUUUAUUACUGAUAUCAUUUCCAUCUGGUUGUGGGUGUGUUUAGUUUUCCUAUAUCUGUGUUGCUCAAUUUACGUAGGUUUUAUGGAUGUCAGGAUGGUGGAAAGCCUUUUUGCUGUAAUUCAUAACUCAUAAGAUAUCAGAGAAUUCACACAGGGAAUUUUCUAUAUGACCUUUUUGUACAAGUUAUAUCUCAUGAAAUAUUAGAGAAUUCACCAAGGGGAGAAAUGCAUGAAUGUAAUAAAUGUGAAUAAGCCUUUGUGGUGCAAAUCAGACCUCAUCAAACAUAAAAGAAUUCUCAUGGGGAGAAAUUUUACGAAUGUAAUGACUCAGAGCCUUUUACCAUAAUUCAGCCCUCACUGUACAUCAUCAAAUUCAUAUAGGGAAAAACCCCUUUGAAAGUAAAAUCCCUUUAAUUAGAAGCCAUACCUCAUAAGACAACAGGGAAUUCACAUGGGAGAGAAACAUUAUGGGUGUAAUGAGUGUUGGAAAGCUCCUUAUAUCAGAAUGCACAACAUAUAUAUCUAAUGAAUGAAAUACAUGUGAGAAAGCCAUUUCACAUAAGUAAUGCCUCAUAAUCCAUCAUGGAGCUUGAACAAGGGAGAGACCUUAACAAUAUAAUGAAGGUGGAAGAGCUUUUCCCCAAAAUUCAUGUACGUAUUGUGAUAAAACCUUUUGCUGGAAAUCACAUCCUAUCUAACAGACUCAUGUAAUGGAGAAAGCUUAUAAAUAUUAUUAGUGUGAAAAGAUUGUCAGAAGUCAAUGGUACAUCAGAGAAUUGACACAGGUGGUUUCUUAGGAGUAUAAUGAUUGUGUAAAAACAUUUUCUUUAUUUCAGGCUUGUAUAGAUAUAGAAUUCACAAAAGGUAAUAUUCUUUGCAUGCUGUGAAUUUGAUAAAACUGUUAGCCAGAAAUUAGACAUCAACAGACUUCAGAGGAUUCAUAAGGAACAAAAUUCCAUGCAAUGACUUUGGAAAAAUAUUUCUGCUAUAAAUCAGUCUUCAAUUCCCAUGAACAGACUCACAAAUGAGAAAACAUGCAUGCAUAGAAAAGUUUUGUACCAUAAAUUAUCUCUAGAUGGUAAACUAAUAAUUCACACAAAAGAAAAAUCAUGAGUGUAAUGGAAUUGGGAAACCCUUUGCCGUAAGGCAGAUUUCCAGGAAGCUUAGCAAGAUUACAGAAAAGUCUCUGAAAAUGUAACAUGUCUGAAAGAAUUGUUGGCAUCACAGAGUGGAGGAUAGCUCAAGUGCAUGUGUUUUUGUGACCUGGCAUAUAAAUUGGUAUCUCUUUUUCUUUGAUGAAUUCCUUGUUUAUUUAUUGAACAGAUUUAGAGACAAAGUAUUCCUGUCCAUUGAUUUACUAUCAUAUGCCCACAAUUGCCAUGGUAAGGUCUAUGGCAAAAUCUGAGUGCUGAGGGCUGUGAAUCUGAUUCCUCACUGAUAAUGCUGAAGACAUU